AUUUGUUGUGAUUACAGUGUUUUGUUUUGGUUUUUUAAUUGUUAAAUAAAACUAUUGGAUUGAUUUUGGUCAUCAAACUAACCGCAUCAAAACCCGUUCAUCAUUAAAAUUAGGACUUACGACGGUGUUACGGCAACCAAUUGUUGACCGUGUUGCCAUAAUGCUGCUCUACGUAAUUUUAAUUAUCAGCAGUGUCAGCAUUAUGCCACACGCAGGAAGUGUUAUCAUUGGUCGUCGUGAGACAUGCAGCAAUGAAGGCGAAGAGGUCAAAGUUGACAAUAUCAAAGAUAGCAGUUGUUUCCAUUGUUUAUGCAAGAAUGGAUUUGUUGAGUGUCUGCAAGGAUGUCCUUCAAUUGAUGGGUGCUUUCAAUUAAUUGAGAAACCAAAAAAUGGUUGCUGCAUGAAAUGUAAAGGUUGCGUGUAUAAUGGCACUGAAUAUGCAAGUGACACUGAAUGGACAGACCCACAGGACCCAUGUCGUGUAUUCCGCUGUGAAGCUGGUGUUAUAACUAAAUCUAUAUUGGAAUGUUACACACCCUGUGAUAAUCCAUUACCACCUCAACCAGGACAAUGUUGUAAAACAUGUUUAGGAUGCCGAAUAAAUGGUCAACGUGUAACAGAUGAACGUGACGUCACAAUACCAGAAGAUCCAUGUUUAAAAUGUCAUUGUGAAUUAGGACGAAUGACAUGUACAAAACGAGCGUGUCCUGUUUUACAAUGUCCAGUACAACAUCAGUAUCACCCAGUUGGCGAAUGUUGUCCACAAUGUAAAGGUACCCGUACUUUAUUACCGAGUGCAUCUGGUUGUAUUUUGGGUAGAAAUUAUUUAUCACAUGGUCAACAUUUUAAAAUGGAUCCACAAAAUUGUACAACAUGUAAAUGUAUUGGAAAUGGUACAUCGGUGUGUCAACGUUCAACAUGCCCUGUUCUAUUAUGUGCACCAGAGGAUCAAAAAACUGCUCCAGGUGCGUGUUGUCCACAUUGUCCACCUGUCGAGGAAAUCCGAACAACGUGUUUACACAAGGGAAAAUUAUAUCAGGAUGGUGAAUCGUGGCAAUUAGAUCCGUGCAAAUCUUGCAUGUGUCAAGAUGGAGAAAUACAUUGUGCUAUGGAAAAAUGUCCACAUCAUAAUAAUGUUCCAUGUCCGCCCAAUCAUAAAUUAAUUCAUCCAUCAGGUCAAUGCUGUCCAAAAUGUGUUGAAAGUGAUGGAGUUUGUACAGUUUUUGGUGAUCCCCACUACAAAACAUUUGAUGGACGAUUUUACAGCUUUCAAGGAUCUUGUAAAUAUCAAUUAGUGGCUGAUUGUGUAGAUCAUUCGUUCUCCAUUCGUGUAACUAACGAUAAUCGUAAAACUAAAGUAUCUUCAUGGACAAAAACAAUAUCAAUUAAAAUAAAAGAUAUUAAAAUAAACUUAGGUCAGAAAAAACGUAUUAAGGUCAAUGGAAAGCGAAUUAAUAUACCGUAUUCAUCAUCAAACUAUCGAGGACCCGAAGAUGAUGGUUAUGAAAAACGUGAAAAUCGUGAAAUCCGUAUUGAUAAAUCCGAUGAGUAUAUUCUCGUUUCGACAUAUAUUGGCGUUCAAAUAUUAUGGGAUGGUAAUAGUUUUCUGGAAGUAUCCGUUCCAACACGAUACAAAGGAAAAUUAUGUGGAUUAUGUGGGAAUUAUAAUUCAAUUGUACGCGAUGAUCUGGUAACACGAAAAGGUAAACAAUUAAACGAAACAGAAAUAUGGAAAUUUGCACAAUCAUGGCGAGUGGGUGGGAAAAAAGCAUGUGCACGACAUAACGAACAUAAUAGUAACGAAGAAUUGGCGGGAUAUCGUGGCGAAACAAUACAACAUAUGCGUGGUGGUAGUCACACAUGUAAUAAUCCACGCUACGCGAAAUGGACACAACAUUUUUGUCUGCCAUUGAUUCGUGAUAAUAAAUUUGGAAAUUGUGCGAAAAAAUUGAAUCCAGCAAAAUAUUACACAGCAUGUAUACAGGACAUGUGCGAAUGUCCUAAUGGAAAAUGCUUUUGUGAAUCGUUUAUUGCGUACGCACGUGAAUGUAAGCGAUUAGGUGUACAAUUGAAUGAUUGGCGUGCGCAGACCAAUUGUUAUGGAAAUAUUACACUGAAUAAUUAUCAUUAUAAUAAUUUUUCAAUGAAACCAAGCAAUUCGUUAGCGUUGGCACAAUACUCACAAACAGCUUCGAGUAGCAGUUUUAACAGUCGAGACUUAAUGCAACGAGAUAAAGCUGUUAAAGAUCAACGACAAAUCAAUCAAAAUAAACAAAGGUUUAAUAACAAUAAGAACAAAAAUAAAUUACAACCACCAAAACGACCAAAAAUACUACGAACACGAGGUCCACCUCCGCCAUUAUUAAAGUAAAAAUAAAAUUAUUUUUAUUUUGUUUUUAAUUUAAUUUUUCGCUACAAUUUUUUCACAUACGUAGCAAUUUACUAGUCAACGCUUGUAUAGAUGUGUUUCAACAAAAGAAAAAAAAAACUCCAAUCCUUACACGUUUGGAAACUAAAGUUCCCAUAACAGUAUUUAUAUAUUUAAAAUAAAUAUACAAUU